GUGUGACGCUCUGUUAAUCCGGCUGGGAACACUUCCGGAGAAGAGAGCGGCUGUAUUUCUUUAUUAAAGAGAGUGUUUAUGGCCUGAAACGUCGGCAAGCGAAGAGAAUUGGAAGCGUUAAAAGCAUCAGACGAGUUUCUGCAGUAAAAAAAGAACUGAACUUUUUGUUUAUAUAUUUAUUUUAUUUAGUAAUUUUACAAAAUGAAUUACAUGCCAGGCACGGCCAGUCUCAUUGAGGAUAUCGACAAAAAACAUCUUGUCCUGCUGAGAGAUGGAAGAACGUUGAUUGGGUUCUUGAGAAGCAUCGAUCAAUUCGCCAAUUUAGUUUUACACCAGACAGUAGAACGCAUUCAUGUUGGAAAGAAGUAUGGUGACAUCCCUCGUGGAAUAUUUAUUGUUCGAGGAGAAAAUGUAGUUCUACUUGGAGAAAUAGAUCUGGAAAAGGAAAUUGAUACGCCUUUGCAGCAAGUUUCCAUAGAGGAAAUUUUGGAAGAACAGCGAGUGGAACAGCAGGCAAAGCAAGAGGCCGAGAAACUAAAGCUGCAGGCUUUAAAGGAACGGGGACUGUCUAUCCUGAGAGCAGACACACUUGACGAAUACUGAAGUGUUAGAUUUCUUUCUUCUUCUUUUUAGUAUUUGUUUUAUGCAUAACAGACUGUUUACAUCUAAGGGACAAUUGAUGCAAGUUUUCCAGAAGACAUUGUUUAAUCUUUUUUCGUGAACGAAAAUACUGGUAAUUUAAAUACUGUAAAUUGAAAAAAGUAUUAUUUUUGAUUAUCUGUUAAAUCUCACUGAUUAUGGACUUGGUUAUUAUAAGCACUUAAACUAAUUUUAUUUUUCUUUA